AUGGUGAAGCUUGUAGAAUUCUGUGGUUCUUCCGUUACGUUGAAGUGCCAAUUGCCAGGCGGAGACUUGGAAACGUUGAUUACCGUUAGAUCCGACGAGGAUUUGGCCAAUAUCGUCGAGGAAUACGAUCGUGCUUCUUCGUCGUUGUUGCAUCCUCUUAAAAUCAGAGCCAUUCUUGCGCCUCCAAAAUCUCUGAAAAAAGUUUCUCCUCCGUCGAGCGUGUACUUCAAUCUUCCUAAUUCUCCCUGCUACAGCGCGGAUUCGCUUCCGAGCUCGCCACAAUACGCAAUCAACGAUCGGAUCUCUUCUCCUUCGUACAGAUACAUCCGUCGGAUCCCCUCGCCUCCAACUAAAUACUUCGUCGGACAGCGUAAUUGCCAUGGAAGAAAUUGUUGCCAUGGGAGCCCUAGGUCUCUGUACUCAUGCGCUCACUGGCACUGA